CAAUAAUUACUCCCAGGAAUCCCGAACGUAUACGCUGCUGGCUCGUCAGUGCUCCUUUAUUGGUGCGCCGCCGCCUGGGCGGUGCCCGGUUGGCCGUCACGGGUGAUGGAACGGUAGGAAGGAGAAGUGGCGCGCACGCGCUGUGGCCGUGGAAGCCCUGACGGUUCGUCAGUUCAGUACUCCGGCCACCCGCCAUUCGUGUGCCGUUCUUUCCGUGCGUCGUUGUUCGUCCGUGAGCUACCGCCGCCUUGACCCCUCCGUCAUCGCCACCGCCUGCGUUAUAGCAUUGUUUGCUGCCGACAACGCCACACAGUACGGCGGCGGUGGGGAUCAUCGUUCUGCGCGUGCGUGACAUAUUGCUGCGCGCUCAUACGCACCGCUGUUUGGGAGCAAUCCAACAUUGAUCACCGUCGCACCGAAAAUUAUCCCGUACGCGUUGGUCGUUUUUCCCGUGUGCGGGUGUUAUUGCUUGGCGUCGCGCGGCCCAAGUUUCGUUUUUCGCCGUCAACCUCUGCCUUGGACGGCAUAAAUAAUAUAAAAUAACACUUGUACGUGUCAAACCAGCGCUGUGCAAACGCGAACAAUUUAUCUUGCAUUGCUAGCGUGUGCUGAGCUUACAUGAGCAAGCUCAAAAAUGAGUGAGGUAUCAACACAACAACAGACUGGAGCUACAGACGUUCAGCAAAUGCAGCAGCAACAACAACAACAACAACAACAACAGCAGCAACAGCAACAACAAAAUCAACAGCAACAAUCUCAACAAAAUCAAACCCAACAAAUGCAACAGCCACAACAAAUACAAGUUAUGAUUCAACAGCCUCAAAACCAGGUAGACAUGCAGCAGCAACAGCCACAAGCACAGCAACAACAGCAACAACCUCAACAAGUAACUGUUGCCAGUGGUCAGCAAACUAUUACUAUGCAAAUGGCUUCAGAUGGAUCCAAUGGAGGUACUGUUCAACUUCCACAUUCAUCUGCUCCAUUGACAACUAUUGAGACGUCUGGUCAAAUGCAAAUUUCAUCUAUUCAACCUCAGCAACAGCAACAGGGUCAAGUGCAAAUGACUAAUAUUCAAACUCAGCAGCAAGGCCAGGUUCAACAGCAACAUACCAUGCAAGCACAAAAUAAUCAACAACAGCAGCAACAGCAACAAACGCAAAUUCAACAGAUUAAUGAUUGGAGUCAUGGACGUGUUCAGUUAAUUCAGCAGGCUAGUCCACAGUUUGUACAGUACAAUGCUCAGGGCCAACUAAUUAUGCCUGGGACAAUGUUACAACAUCCUACUUCAGGCGCUAUUCAGGUGAUUGCAGCUCCAAAUAAACAAUUCCAGUCACAACAGAUGCUCACCACAGCUCAUGCACAUAAACAGGUAAUAUCACAAGGACAAGCAGCUUCGUUUCCGACUGGAUAUGCUGCUAUACCAACCACUACUAACCAGACUCUUGUCAUUGGCCAAUUAGGGGUGAUAAGUAGUCAGCCAAAUAUGAAACAAAAUGAAAUGCAACAAACAUACACUAGUUGUGCUACUGGAAGGGCAGUACAACAAAAUGCUCAAACUAUGCAAUUUUCACCCUGGCAAUUUAAUGCAUCACUUCCUCAAGGAAUCACCUGGGCUACUCCACAGCCUCAAGCAUUAUUAACUACACAGAAUCAUCCAAUCUUUAUACGAGGCGGACCUCAGCAAGAUGGUCAACAACAACAAGUACAAACUCCCAUGUUUAUACAGAGUCCUCCUCCUCAGCAUCUACAACAGCAUCAUGGUCAAACUAUGGUACAAACCAGUGGUGGUGUUAUGCAAAAUAUUGGGCAAAUGGUUAGUGGUACUACUACUACUACUAUUAAAUCACAGCGUGCUGAUAUACAACCAAAAGUAGUUGCAACUCCUACAGGUAUGGGAAAUAAUAGACAACUAUCAAUACUACCAUCAGGACAUACAAUUCGUCCUAAUGCUACAAUUUCCACACAAACCACUACUGGUAUACAGCACUUAAAUCAAAUGCAAAAAGCUCAACUUAAAGUCAGACCCAAAACUGGUGUUCGUCAAAGUUUUAAUAUAGCCCCACAUAAAUCAGAUGCUGCUAAUCAGACCAAUCAAUCAAAACCUCAACAGUCUUCUCAGCAAACAUUAAAUACUAAUAAAAUGAUUUUGACAAGUUCUGGUCAACUUGUUCCUCAAAUUCAACAACAACAACAACAAACUGUACAAGUACAGCAUUUGCAACAACAACAACAAGCUCAACAACAAAUUAAAUUAGUUAGUAUGCAAUCCCCAAAUCAUCAAAUUGUAAGUAUGCAGUCUCCCCAAGUUGCAUAUCAGCAACAGCAAAUUAUCAAACCUACUACAAGUGUUAUGAGUAUGUCCAUGAAUUCUCCACAAAAGAUACAUAUACAUCAACUGCAACAAGGCCAAGCUAUUGUUAGCCAGCCUCAACAACAAAUUACUAUCCUUGAUCGUCCUGUGAUACCUGUUGUUUCAUGUGCUCCUCAGGCAUUAACACCAGCUCAAAUUCCAAUUUCACCUCCAGCUCAAACAACAGUAUCGUCCAUGCCUCCAUUAAUUAAAUCUGGAGAUUCUCCUAAAGAUUCGACCACUGCACAAACUCAAGAAGCAGUGGCAAUUUCAACUAUAGAGACUGCUACAGAAACAACAUCUUCUGUUUCAUUACCAGUUACUUCUAAUGAAGACAAUACUAGAGAUAAAGGAUUGCCUAAAGCUUUAGUGAAACCGCAAGUUUUAACCCAUGUUAUUGAAGGUUUUGUUAUACAUGAAGCUGACCAACCAUUCCCUGUGAAUCGAUCAUGUACUACAACUGAUUUGUCAAAUAUUAUACAAAAUAAGGAAAAUAUUAAAAUGGAUGAAGAGCCUCCAAACAAAAAGAUUAAAUCUGAUAUGAAUAUUCAAGAAAAAAUUAAGUGUGACUUUUGUGGGAAAUGUCAAGAACUACAGAAAUUUAAAAUUAAAAAGAAAUCGAAACGUUUUUGUUCACAAGAAUGUUCUAAAAUGUUCGAAAAUAAUUCAAAAAAUGGUCAAACUGAUAAAAAAAAUGGAAAAAAUUGGGAAUGUGAAAGCAAUGGUUCAGCUGGUGAUUCCAGUAAUACCAGUUCAUCAGUUGAUUUACCCAAUCGAAUGCAAGUAGAUACUGAUUCCAAGAUUGAUAUAGUUCCAGAAUUGGCUCCUAUUAAUCCACUGACAUGGACGGUAAAAGAUGUGCGUAAAUUUAUUGGUCAACUAACGGACAGUGAAGAAAUAGCUGCAGAUUUUGAAAGCCACGAAAUUGAUGGUCAAGCUCUGAUGUUGCUCAAAGAAGAUCAUUUGAUAAGAGAUAUGUCUAUGAAACUUGGACCAGCAUUGAAAAUAUUUGCAAAACUAGAUGCUAUGCGUACAGAAAAUCCAGAACUUCAACCACCAGCAACUUCUCAAUAAAAGACUGUUUCAUGUACACUCAAUUGUUUUAAUAAGUAUAAUUUUUUACUUGGAUGAUAAAAUAACUGAUUGUUUUGUUUUAAAUUAUGUACACCCAAAUAGUACAUAUUGACCCUAAGA